AUGACAGCUGGCAGCGGUGGAGACAAUGGGCGUAGAGCAGCAGCGGCAGCGGCUGCUGCGGGAAAGCGCAACACGAACAGAUACAGUGUGACGGCACUCUACUCGAUGGCGGCAGAGCAGGACAUCGAGGUCGAGGACGAUCUGGCCAGAGCCCAAAAGCGUCUACGAGAGCUCAAGGGAAGAAUCUCAGCGCAGUCGAAGAAGAACUUCGUCCUCGAAAGAGACGUACGCUACCUCGACAGCCGCAUCGCGCUCCUGAUUGCCAACCGCAUGGCCGCAGACGAGCAAUCCGAGAUGGCCAGCGCUUUUGAGGAAGCCGAGAUUCCACCAGGAACUGUUCUCGAUGACCGCAAGACGCAGCAGUAUGGCAACCUCUUCUUCCUCUUGCAGUCUGAGCCACGUCACAUUGCUGCGCUAUGUCGACUGGUCAGCCUCUCUGAGAUUGACACGCUGCUACAGACGGUCAUGUUCACCCUCUACGGUAAUCAGUACGAGUCGCGCGAAGAGCAUCUUCUCCUGACGAUGUUCCAGUCCGUCUUGUCUGCCCAAUUCGAGACGGCCACCGAUUUUGGCUCCUUGCUGCGAGCCAACACACCCGUAUCGAGGAUGAUGACGACGUACACCAGAAGAGGGCCUGGUCAGAGCUUCCUCAAGCACGUACUCGCCGAGCGUAUCAACUCCCUCAUCGAGCACAAGGACCUGAACCUCGAAGUCAAUCCGCUCAAGGUUUACGAGCAGAUGAUUGGCCAGAUUGAGGAGGACACUGGGUCUCUGCCCCCCAAUCUGCCUCGAGGAGUUGCGCCAGAGGUAGCACAGGAGAAUCCGGACGUCCAAGCCAUCAUCGCGCCUCGCCUCACGAUGCUCAUGGAGAUUGCCAACAGCUUCCUCACCACCAUCAUCAACAGCCUCGAGGAGGCACCGUACGGCAUCCGAUGGAUCUGCAAGCAGAUUCGCUCUCUCACGAAGCGCAAAUACCCUGACGCCACCGACUUUGCCAUAUGCUCCCUCAUUGGUGGCUUCUUCUUCCUCCGCUUCAUCAACCCAGCGAUUGUCACGCCGCAGGCCUACAUGCUCGUCGACGGAGCGCCGGCUAAGCACCCUCGCCGCACCCUGACGCUCAUCGCCAAGAUGCUGCAGAACCUGGCCAACAAGCCGAGCUACGCCAAGGAGCAGUAUAUGAUGUCGCUCAACCCGUUUGUCGAGCAGAACAAGACGCGCAUCAAUGCCUUCCUUCACUCACUCUGCGACGUCGGAGACUUUUACGAUACGCUGGAGAUGGACCAGUACAUGGCCUUGUCCAAGAAGGAUUUGCAGAUCUCGAUUACGCUCAACGAGCUGUACAAUACCCACUCCCUCGUCGCGCAGCACCUCGACGUCCUCGCGCCCAACGAGAAGCACCAUCUGCGUAUCCUCAUCGGAGAGCUCGGCGGCUCUCCCAGCCAAGUAGCGCGCAAGGAGAAUCGCACUGUGGACCUGCCCCUCUUCAGCCGAUGGGAGACGCCAAUCCAGGACUUGACCACGGCGUUCAUGUCGGAGAACAACGUGACGCAGAAUGACAUCCUGUACAUGGAGGCCAAGUCCAUCUUCGUCCAGUUGGUGCGCUCUAUCCCUCAGCUGGCAGACAAGAAGCCACUCAACCUCCCCGUCAUUGCCGAACGUGCCGCCACGACGAAAGACGCGACGCUGGUGCGCAAGGGCAUCAAGGUCAAGGAGAUGCUUCGCGAACUGGAAGAGCUCAAGGUCGUCGACCGUCGCGACGGGUACAACCUUAUGACCGACGAGGUUGCCUCUGAGCUGGCUCACCUGGGCAACAUGCGCGAAAAGGUCAUGCAAGAGAUGAAGUCUCUCGAGAGCGUGUACCGCACCAUCGUGGGCCACAACAAUUACCUGCGUUCGCAGCUUGACACGUACAAGAACUACCUUCAGAACGUGCGCAUGACCUCUGGUGCGAGCAAGGACAAGCAACUCGGCGGAGUAGGCGUAGUCGCCUUCGGCGGCAAGGAGAAGAAGCAGUCCAAGUCCCAAGUCCUUGGGCCUUAUCGCUUCACGCACGCACAGAUGGAAAAGGACGGCACAAUUGUCGAGACGAAUGUGCCUGAGAACCGUCAGGCCAACAUCUACUUCAAUAUCACGUCCCCUUCGCCCGGUACGUUUAUCAUCGCCCUGCAUUACAAGGGAAGGGACAAGGCUAUCCUGGAGAUGGACUUGAAGCUGGACGACCUGCUCGAGAAGCAGAAGGAUGAUGUGCAGCUGCUGGAUUUGGAGUACGUGCAGCUGAACGUGAACAAGAUUUUGGCGCUCCUGAAUAAGACUUUUGCUAAGAGGAAGGCGUAA